CAGUCGUAUCAGUCGUGUUGUUUUCCUUGUGUAGACGCACAAAAUAAAUUUACAAAAAAUUGAAUUUGCAACUGUGCGAGAUUUUUAAGAAGAUGUCUGACACAAAUUCGAUUCCCGAAAUUGGAAAUAUUCCCGAGGAAAAGUCGGUGAUAAUAUCGAGCGAGCAGCAUGGCGACGGAAAUAUUGUGCAGCACACUGCAAUGAUUCAAGACGAGGCGUCUGUUUCCAUCAAAGCCUCAAUUAAUAUCCAUGCCAACACCAUGGACUCGUGUGAUAAUCCAAACCCGUUUAAGAGACCAGCGUCCGAUAAAACAAGAAAAAUGCUCUGGUGCCCCUUUUGUUGUAAGUCCUUCUUGGAGCUGGAUCGACACUUGGCUACCGUCCAUAAAGAGGAGCAGGACGUGGAAAAAUUUGUUUCGCUGCCAAAAGGCUCCGAAGAACGACGCGUCGUUGCAGAUUCUUUGCGAAAGACGGGGAUCUUUAAGUUUAAUUGCCACGAAACGAUCAACAAUUACGAAUCGAUUCCAAGACGCAGACCCAGCAGAAAAUCUGAAAAAAUGCACAUAGAUUAUCGGCAGAACCCAACCGAUAGAGAGAUGGUGCACAUGGCUCAAUUAUUUGAGACGGCUGCAGGUAAAUUUAACAGCAAUGACAAAGAUAACGACGGCAGUGGUAGUGAUGAAGUUGGAGUGGCAGUAUCUUUGCCAGGAAGUGGCAGUACAGUAAAAGACUAACAAGAUUAACAAUCAGAAUUAGAAAAAAAUGAUCCUCUCGUUGACCAUGUGACUUUAACUGUUUUUUUUUAAUUUGAUUUAAUUUUAUUGUUUUUUAAUAGGUUAAUUUCAAUGGGCUCUGACGUCCCAUGAAUACUAUUAAUUUUGAAAACACAAAUUGGACUUCUAAAAAUAUUAAUUGCUAAAAUA